UUCAACCUCAUUAAUCAGACCCUUAAAAUCACAUCCCAUUUUUGUUCCUUGAGAGAGGCUGGGAUUGAGAGCGAUAGGUUUCGAGCUUUUGCAUGCCUCUUUCUUGUUUCAAGAACUAAAAAUGGAUUCGAUGCUUAUUGGGUCCUUCCCAAGACCUUCUUCACUCGGUAUCGGUGGGAGAGAACGGACUGAUAGAUUUCAGAAGGUUUUCACCCCAAGAUGUGUCAGCAUUCCAAUUUCUGCUAGUGUAGGAUCUCAUUUAGCAAUCAAGUUUUCAAGAUGCGGCGGAGCAUGUAACAUUCUGGAGAGACAGUCAGACAUCAGGUCUCAGCAGCAUCUUUUAGAGCAUAGUACCAGAAGCUUUGAGGAAAGAACUAAAUUUUACAAGAGGCGUGAUAAAACAUGCUUGGUGAAUGCAGCCUCUGGAUACCCUCUGGAGUCCGAGCCUGAAGCUUGUAAACCGAAAAGCAUUUGGGACUCAUUAAAAAACUCCUUGGAUGCUUUUUACCGGUUUUCUCGUCCACACACGGUCAUAGGCACAGCAUUAAGCAUAAUCUCAGUCUCUCUCCUUGCAGUCGAGAGGCUCUCAGAUAUAUCUCCAUUGUUUUUCAAUGGGGUAGUGGAGGCCUUGGUUGCUGCCCUAUUAAUGAACAUUUACAUUGUUGGUCUGAAUCAGUUAUCUGACAUUGAUAUAGACAAGGUUAACAAGCCAUAUCUUCCAUUAGCAUCAGGGGAAUAUUCAGUUGUAACCGGUGUCAUGAUUGUGACGUCUUUCUCCAUUCUGAGUUUUUGGCUUGGAUGGAUUGUGGGUUCAUGGCCAUUGUUUUGGGCUCUCUUCAUCAGUUUUUUACUUGGAACUGCUUAUUCAAUAGAUUUGCCCCUAAUGAGAUGGAAGAGAUUUGCAGUAGUUGCUGCAAUGUGCAUCCUGGUUGUGCGGGCGGUGAUUGUUCAGCUUGCAUUUUUUCUACAUAUUCAGACCCAUGUAUACAAAAGACCUGCUGUCUUGUCAAGGCCACUGAUUUUCGCUACUGCAUUCAUGAGCUUUUUUUCGGUUGUUAUAGCAUUAUUCAAGGACAUACCCGAUAUUGAUGGAGAUAAGAUGUAUGGCAUCCGCUCUUUUUCAGUGCAUUUGGGUCAAAAGCGGGUAUUUUGGAUUUGCAUUUCACUUCUUGAAAUGGCUUAUGGUGUUGCCCUUUUAGUCGGUCUAGCAUCUUGCUGCCUCUGGAGUAGAGUCAUCACGGUUUUGGGACAUGCAAUUUUGGCUACAACCCUUUGGAGACGUGCCAAAUCUAUUGAUCUGAGCAGCAAAGCUGCAAUCACAUCUUUCUACAUGUUUAUUUGGAAGCUCUUCUAUGCUGAGUAUUUACUCAUUCCACUUGUGAGGUGAGGAUGUGGAAAACUUUUGAGAAAGAGAGGGGUUCAUUGCUGAAGUGUUUUAUGGCUUCGAAGUUGUAUGGGAUGUAUGCAAGAUGCCAUCUUUAGGGCAUUCCGAUAUCGCAUUAUCUAUUUGUUCUCUUGAGCUAGUUUUGCCCUCAAUAUCACAUUAUCUAUUUCUGAAAUGAUAAUUACAGGGGCAAGGCUCCUCAGCA